AUGGCAAAUGUUUUAUUGGACGACUAUCGUGCACUUCGAGCCUGUUUUCUCUACGAAUUUCUUCAAGGCCACAAAGCAGCGGACGCCCACCGAAAUAUAUGUAAAGUGGUAGGUAAAGGUGCCCUGCAGUACGAAGUCGUGAAGUUCUGGUUUCGUCGCUUCAAAAGCGGCGAUUAUACGCUUGAAAACCGAAAGCCUAAGCCAACUCGUCGUCGCGUGGAUUCCGACGACGAUGAUGAGCAGGAGCUGACAGAUGCACCUUCGGCGACCGUCUCUGUAGUGAAGGAAGAAGUACUGCCAAUUGUGCAAAGCUGUGAUUCAAUCAGUUUACCUGCUGCAGCUUCUGGAAAUAAUUGUGCUGAGUAUCCGACGAAGGAUGACGCGAUGGAGGUAGAAGCUGCGCCAAGUCUUCUAGUGCGUGAAAAUGAUGGUACACAAAAUCCAACACCUUCGCAGAUUCUUGAUCGCUGA